AUGGCUCCCAAAGUGUUCUUAACAGGUGCAAAUGGCUUUGUGGCUUCUCACAUCUUAGCACAACUAAUCGAAAAUAAGUACGAAGUCGUAGCAAGCGUCCGCUCUCCAGCCAAAGCCGAAGAAGUCCUCGCUCUACAUCCCUCCUACAAAACCGCCGCCCUCUCCUUCACGUACAUCGCCGACAUCGCCACCCCCGGCGCCUUCGACGACGUCUUCAAAUCCACGGAACCGGGAUUCGACUACGUGUUCCACACCGCGUCGCCAGUGAACUUCAGCGUCAAAGAUGCGCAGAAAGAGCUGAUUGAUCCAGCCGUGCAAGGGACGAUCGGCAUCAUCGAAUCCGCCCACAAGCUCGGCGGGAAGACAUUGAAGCGAUUCGUUCUGCUGGGCAGCGCAGUCGCCGUCCUCAACUCCUUCGAAGACAUGAGUAAAGCCGGGAAACCGUAUACUGAAGCUGACUGGAAUCCCGUCACGGCCGACUACGCCAUCUCGCACAACGAUAUGGUCGCCGCGUACAACGUCGCCAAGAUCCUCGCUGAGCGCGCCGCGUGGGCUUUUGUCGAAACGGCGAAACCGGGCUUCGAUCUCGUGGUUAUCAACCCGGAUAUCAUAAUCGGGCCAAUGCUGCAGGCGGUUAACAGUGCGAAGGCCGUGAAUGAGACGAACACGUUUGCAGUGUACAGCUUUUUCAAUGGGACUAACAAGAAGAUCGAGGAGGUCGCGUUUCCGUUUUACCAUUUUGUUGACGUCCGCGACGUAGCACGCGCCCACGUCCUGGCGCUCGAGAAACCCGCCGCGGGUGGAAAACGGAAUCUGCUGGUCGCUGGCCUCAUCACGCCGCAGCUUGUCGCGAAUCUCAUCCGGAAGAAUUUCCCAGAGCUGAGGGAGAGGGUGGCUGAGGGCACGCCGGAGCAGACCCUACCGAAGGGGGUGCAACCGACGGGGUGGGAUACGAGCCGGAACUUUGAGGUGUUUGGGCCGGAUUGGAGGUAUAUUGGUUUGGAAGAGAGCUUGGUCGAUACGGUAAAGUCGAUUUUGGAGCUUGAGAAGCAGUGGAAGUAG